UUUCAUCCUGCUUUUUAAUUCGUCAAGCGGCAACGCAUGUCUUCCAAGGAAGUAGGCGCCCAUGUGUGUGAAACUUUGUGAGCAAUAAUGUCUACAGCCGACCCAACUCAGGUUCUUCACAUACUACGUUCUUUAUACCGCCACGUAUACUCACUAGAAGAGUUCACAAACAGAAUAGUGUUCCGUGAGGGGCACAAGGCGGUUCUCGUCCAGCAGGGCGACACGAACCGCUUCAAAUCGUUCGUGAAGAACGUUUUCGUCGGGUUCGACAAAGAACUGCAACAAGUGCCGAGCAACCACCAGAUCUGCACUUUUCCUGAACUGCUUGCCUUCAUUAUCAACAACCUGAAAAGGAAGAAAAAACGCAAUGUUUUGGCGCAUGGCUACAACCUACUACGGGAGGAGCGUGACGCCGACCCAUUCAAGUUUCAGGGCGAAGUGACCCAAAGCGCUGCUUAUCUUCACGGCAGCGAUCUGUGGAAGAAAGUGGCCCUGCGUCUCGGCACUGACAUCACACGGCACCUGCUGGAGAGCUGCUCCGUGUUCCUGAUGGUCCCGCCGUCAUGCGCAUUCCAGUUGUGCGGCUGUCCACUCUACGACAGGGUCUCCAUGACCGCUGUCCAUUCGGGGUUUUGCCUCCAGACGCGAACCAGGACUUGUCGUAAUGUAAAGUCUGUGAGGAAGAAACGUGCAGUGAACUUGAAAAGAAAGGAUUUGGGAGUGUCGCGUGGGAAAAGGAAGAGAGAAACCAACCAGAAAGAUGAGGAAGACAUGUCGUUUUCUGGAAAGCGGAGACGACUUGGAGAAACACAGGAAGUCAAAGAGACACUAGAAGAAGGACAGUCGGUGUCCUCCUUGCCUUUGGAAAUAAAAACAUCUGUUGCUAAACAGCAAGCUGAAACUAGCACAGCUCCUUUGGAAGGAGGACCAAGUUGGAGAUCAGGCAUUUUCCCUCCUUUGCCUCCCUCGCAAUGUUUCAUACGUACUUUGGCCUUGCUUUACGGCGGUCGGGGCCUGAGCGGGUUCCUUCUCAACAGGAAGAAGAGAGGUGCAGAGAGAUCGAGAAGACUUCAAGGUCAUGAUGUGGUGAGACUGGUUUUCUUCGAGGGGCUGGCGUAUCUGAACGGACUGGAAAGGAAACCGAAGAAGCUCCCCCGACGCUUUUUUAACAUGGUCCCUUUUUUCAGUAAGCUUUUGCGUCAACACCGGCAGUACGCCUACAGAAAAACGCUGCAGAGGUUUUGCCCGCUGAUGCAGAGCGACAUGUCUCAAGCCGAACUACGUUCUCUUUUACCCCAGCACUGUACGCCUCACCGAGUAUACCUGUUCGUAAGAGAGUGCUUGUGUGCUGUCGUCCCGUCUCAGCUUUGGGGUUCUGUGGCAAACCAUUGCCAUUUUUUGGCUCGCGUUCGGGGUUUCUUGCGCAGCAGCAAAUUUGACAAACUUUCAAUUGCGGAGCUUAUGUGGAAGAUGAAAGUAAACGACUGCGACUGGUUGAAGAUCAGCAAGAAAGGUCGUAUUCCUCCUAGCGAGCUCGCGUAUCGGACUCGGGUGCUCGGACAGCUCCUUACGUGGCUCCUCGACGGCUACGUAAUCGGUCUGGUGCGAGCCUGCUUCUAUGUCACUGAGUCCAUGGGACAGAAGAAUGCUUUGAGAUUCUACAGGCAGGAGGUUUGGGCAAGACUGCAAGAGCUGGCCUUCAGAGGUCACGUUUCCAAGGGCCAGAUGGAGGAAUUGACUCCAGCUCAGAUGGCGUCCCUCCCCAAAUCCACCGUCAUCGCCCGUUUGCGCUUCAUCCCGAAGACAGAGAGCAUGAGGCCCAUCACUCGAGUUUUGGGAGCAGAUGCCAAGACAAGGGUCUUCCAAAGGAGUGUCCGUGACUUGAGAGAUGUUCUGCGGGCUUGUAUACGUGCCACUCCAUCCCUUCUGGGUUCCACUGUGUGGGGGAUGAUGGAUAUCCACGAGGUGUUGUCUACUCUUGCUCCGGCCCAAAAGGAGAAACCACAGCCCCUCUACUUUGCUAAGGUGGAUGUUAGUGGAGCAUACGAGAGCCUGCCUCAUGACAAACUUCUCCAUGUGAUGGACCAAGCCCUAUCGCCUGUCCGAGAGGAGCACUUCACCAUACGCAGCUAUGCCAAAAUCUGGGCAGAUUCUUUCGAGGGACUCAGGAAGUCUUUUCUAAGACGGGCAUACCUUGCGGAUGGUGAGGUGGGCUCCACCAACAUGAAAGGCUUUGUCUCGGCACUGCAAAAAAAUUGCAAAGUUCACCACGCACUUCUGGUGGAGCAGCACGUCUCCACGGAUAUUCAUGGCAAAGAGGUGCUUCGAUUCUUCAACCAGAUGUUGACUAACAGUGUUGUGCAGUUUGGAGAGAAAAUGUAUCGUCAGUGUCGUGGGAUUCCUCAGGGGUCUGUCGCAUCCAGUUUGCUCUGCUGUCUCUGCUAUGGUCACAUGGAGAAUGUCCUCUUUCAAGGAAUGACCGGAGGCAAAGGACGAUUGAUGAGACUGGUGGAUGAUUUCCUUCUUAUCACUCCUGACCUACACGAGGCACAGAACUUUCUUAAGGUCUUACUUGCCGGUGUCCCGCAGUAUGGCCUGGUGAUCAACCCGCAGAAAGUGGCGGUCAACUUCCCGGUAUCCGAAAUGACAAGUUCCUGCAGCGACAUCCGCACGUUCGCCCCUCGCUGUCUUUUCCCGUGGUGCGGCUUGCUGCUGGAUACAUACUCACUAGAUGUCUAUAAAGAUUACUCCAGUUAUUCGGGCCUGUCCCUGCGCCAUAGCCUCACUUUAGGUUCCUUCCACUCAGCCGGGGAGCAAAUGAGGAGGAAGCUGAUGCUGCUCCUCAGACUCAAGUGCCUUGCCGUUUUCUUGGACUUGAAGAUAAACUCUGUGGCAACAGUCUACAAGAACAUCUAUGAGUUGGUGCUACUCCAUGCUUUCAGAUUCCAUGUGUGUGCUCAGGGAUUACCCUUUGGCCAAAAGGUUGCAAAGAACCCUGUCAACUUUCUGCGGAUGAUAUGGGACAUGGCUCAGUAUACCAAUCAGCUCCUGAAGCGUUGCAACAAAGGUUAUAAAGCCUUGGCUGGCAUUUUGCCAGAUGAAGCAGUGGAGUUGCUUUUCUGCCUUUCCUUUCUGCUGGUGUUGUCGCAACAUCGGUCACUCUACAAGGGGAUGCUUCCCCAUCUGCAAAAACGGAAGCGUAGUCUGGAGCGCCGUCUGGGAGAUUUGCCACUGGCCAGGGUGAGGCAGGCAGCCAAUCCCAGGACCCCUACGGACUUCUUGACCAUUCAAACUUAAAGAGUGUCAACUGACCUCUAUAAAAUCUCACUGUAAAUAAACAAACAUCAGCAGCUGACAGGUUUGGAUGUAAAUUUUUCCAUCAGAACUAUUCAGGGUUAAAAUAACAAUUUGUAACAUCAUUUAGUGCGGUGAGAGAGAAAACGGCUUUUACCUUUGUAUUAAACAAUGACUCACCGUCUUUUUACAUAGUCCACAAUCCCACCAUUUACCAGAUAAAGAUCACAAUACAAAACUCCAACAAUGCUGUUUCAGCUAUUGUCUUGCACUUCUGGACUUCAAUUUAUGCUUUGUGUUUGUUUCCAUUCAGAUUUCAAAGAAAGCAAUUCCAGUAAGUUUAAUAUUUACUGUCAUUGUGCAGGGUAAAAAACAUUAAAAUAUUGCAUUAAUGAUGGCAGGCCUUCAUUCACCAUGUGGUAAUGAAUUUGCUCCCUUCUUUAACUGACUGAAACAUCAAUACCCUAAGAUCUUCUGUCAUGGUGCCAAAAUUCCACAACUACAAGUACAAACUACUCUAUUCAUACCCAACAGACAACAAUAUGUUGUGUUAGGUCAUUACAAAAAAUCAAAGUAUGAACAUGAAAGAAAGCAAAUGCUAGCUAUCAACAAUGUUCCUUUUCAGGAAUGGAAACAUAGUUCAUGAUAACAACUGCAGAGGUUACUGCGCUUCAGGCUCAAAGCCGUCAUUGCCGUAUGGGUUUAGCCCUUCCUUUGUAGAAGACGUCCACUUGGCCUUUUGGAUUCCUUUGUAGAUAGCCACCAGUGGGAUGGAAACCACAGGUACUGUACAGAGAAGGACGAUUACGGCAAACGCAAAGUCUGGAUAGGGCUUGUCCUCCGUUUUGGGAAAGUGUUCCUAAAGAAACAGACGAAACCAUUUGAAUUGUAUCUUCCACCUAAUAUUCGUUUUUAUAAACUUACGUAAGCAGGAUUCCAUGCAGGGUAUGUUGGGUGUCUCUGGGCUUGGAGGACCACAUACGCAAUCAACACUACCAGAAGCAUUAAAGGACUGAUAGUAGUCCAACAAAUUUUCCAAUAAAGAUUCGGCCUCUUCCCAGUCAUAUAUCGGAUGUCCUCACUGAAUCUGAGAACAGAGAGAAAACACCCAAGUUAAUAUCUCACUGUAUAGCUGUGGGAUAAGUUGUAUUAAAUAAGAGAAGAAUAAUUACAUACCUAUUCAUUCCAUAAAUAUAAACAACUCCAAUAAGUUCAAACAAUGCAAUAAUGAGGAGAGGAACCGAGCCCACGUAGCCGUUGAAUACUUCAACCCAGUAGUUCCCAGACCCCAUGGUGAAGAUGAGGGAAAUCAAAAAUGACAUCAAGCAAAAUGCUCCUGCAAAAGUCACAAAAAGAAAUCUAAAAAAAUCUUUCGCCACAAACAAACAUUUGACUGACUCCAUACGAUCUCACGUACCUGUUAUAAGUUCUUUCGGUACUGACUUGGGUACCAGAUUGAGAUCACUGAAAGGCCUUAGGACUCCCUCUGCAUUCCCAAACAUGGAAGAGAGGCCUAAGCUGAAGAGCAUCAGGAAAAACAAUACCGCCCAUAAUUGCGAGCCUGGCAUCUCCAGUACUGCUUCAGUGAACACAAUGAAAGCCAGGCCAGUUCCAGAAGCACUCUACGAUGAAAAAGAAACAUUUCACAUUUUUGUCUGGUACACUGAGUGCAGUUAAAUUACAAGGGAGGAAAGAGCAGGAAAUAACAAUAAAUGGAUUGAUGCUUGUUGAGAAUGACCUCACCUGGUCAAGGAAUGUUUUCAGGUUGCAGGGUUUCAAUUGCAGGCUGGAGAGCUCAUCUGGAUAUGUUGAAUUCAGAUAGUCAACCCAAUGGUCAUAGUUGUCCCUUGUUAUAUUCUGGUCAGAAUACUCGAAGUGGUUUGUCAGAGUCAAGAUGUUUCUGUAAAAUAACAUGUUUGCUUUAAAUAUUGCCGUCAAGUCAAUGUGCCGAGAAUAGACCUGAACCUCUGUACGUACCCGUUUAGACAGGAGUUAUACCCGUUGUUGGCUUUGAAACCCAGAAUGGCAAAGAUGGAUAUGGCUCCAUAUAGGGAUGUGCCACUGUUUAUUAAUCCCACAAUGACUGCAUCCUUUUCGCAGUUGUUCCUAAUGCACGGACAACAGUACCGGUCAAAGACUGGAUGACAAAAAAAUCCACAGAAGGGUUUCCACAAUAUUGAGAGUCCUUACUUCUCAUUAGCAUAACUGGAGAUUGCAAUGAGACCUCCAAAUGCCACUGAGAGAGAGAAGAAGAUCUGAGUUGAGGCAUCAAGCCACACUUGAGGGUUCUUCAGUAUCUCCCACUGAAAUAAACAGACUUGAUUUAACACUGGAAAACCCCAGCAGAGGCCGAAUCGGCUUUUCCCAAGACAAAUGCUCCUAAUAUUCCUAAGCAAUGGAUGAUUUGGCUUCCCCUCUGGAAAAACCCAGAAGUGGCCAAAAUGACCCAAGUGCUUUUGAAUUAGCAAGUCGUUGUCUGACAUACAGCAACUAUUCAUAUGUAAAUGCAACCACUAGCCAUACAUUGUUAUGGUCUGCCCCCAAACGGAGGGGAACACACCAAGGUUCAUAUGAUAGUUUGUGUCGGUUCAAGUCAAGCUACAUUUAUUUAUUUACAUUUAUUUAUGGAGUUUUACACUUUUUACAUUUUUUAGACUCACCUAUCCUAUACUCCACGCACAAAAAUAGAAAAAAAAUUGCCCAAAUGUGUACAUUACUUUUGGGAAAAUAAAACUGUUUUAGAACUGCAAUUUGAGUGUAGAGCAGGAAUUGUGUCUAUAGAUUAGAAGGACUGAAUCAGGGGUAUGGAGCAUGAAUUGUGGUCACUGUGAAGUUAGUACAAGAAAAUGUGUGAAAACUUUUAAGAAAAACAGUAAUAGACUGAAUUUGUGUCGUGAGAAGGGGGAAGGGACUGGCUCUGAACAGUUGCUUUGAACACUCUAAAACAAUGACUGAAUGUCCUAAUAGUCCGAAUUAUUUUAAAGGUGGUAUGUGCUGUACAGUGUUUUUAAUCCACCAUUUUGAAAAGUGACUAAUGUACACAAACUUACAUCAGGAGUAAAGAGAUAAACCAGUCCAUCUGUUGCUCCGGGCAGGGUGAGAGCGCGGACCAGAAAAAUGGUGAGCACCACAUAAGGCAAGGUGGUUGUCACAUACACUGCCUGAAAAAUAUUAAACAACUAUUUAAAGAUGAAGAGAAUUGUUUUUGGACUUAUUUCUAUAGUGCACUGACCUUUCCCAUUGACUGGAUUCCUUUGAUGAUACAGAUAUACAUCGUCAACCAGGCGCAGGCAAGGCAGACCACCAACCACCACUGAGGGGAACCACUGAUCUUAAUGUCAGUGGUGAUGUUCAGGGUCUGGCGGUACCAGAAGAAAUUUACUGGUGUGCUUAUCACACAUUCCUCAUUUAAACCUGUUGAUUAGGGAAAAUACAAACAAUGAUUUCAUGAUCACCUUUGGAUUCAUUGGUCAAAUCCGUAUUUCUUUAAAAUUUAUAUAUUUUAAAUAUGCCCUGUCGAGGGUUUAGCCUGGCUUCUGUAUGAUCUCAGCUCGGAUAAGUGCCAACUUUCACAGACAAAUUGGAUGAAUACUCCUUACCGUUAAUUAGGCCUGCAUAAUAUAUGUUUGAACAUCGCCAUCGCAAUGUGCGCAUGCGCAAUAGUCCCAUCGCAGGACGUAGGAUUUAUUUUAUUUUUUUUUUUAGGUAUAAACUUUUGUUUUUCUUCAUAUAAGCAGAACAUGUGCAAAGACUUGGCUUACUGGAUCCCUAUAGUAAACCCCCUUAGCCUAGAAUAAGCGGGAUUAUAUGAAUACUAUGGAUGUCCGGAUCAGAUAUUUUUAUCAGAGUACAAGUCACCUGAUCUAGAGUAUCUGCCAAUACAGUUUUUUUGUUUGUUUUUUUUGCUUUGACGCUCACACUGCCGAGAAUGGCCUCUUACUUACACAAUGAAUGAGUUGCCACAGCACAAUUCAGACGGUGUACCAAGCUUAACUGUGAUUAACACAUUUGUGCCUUUGAUCGUAGAGCUACUAAGGCAAUCAUCGUUAACUUUUAAGUACCAAACGCCAGCUGCACUGUGACCAAGAAAAACAAUUUGGUCGCACUGUUGUUUUGGGUGAGAAGCUGUACGAGCAUGAAGCAGAAAAACAUAAAACCCGAUCCUUUUCCCCCGAUUCCAAUCCUCUAAAAAAUGGUCAAAUCGGCCCAAUUUCCGAUCACGUGAUUGGAUCGGGACAGCUCUAAUGAAUAGAGUGUAGUCAUUGUGAGCCAACCAAAGUCUUCCCAAACAGAGCUAUUCAUGUCAUCUGGUUACAAUUCUUCUAACCCCCCCAUAAGUUGCAAUGUCAGUUUUUUCCAAUAUCGUUCAGCUCUACUGUUAAUCCAAGAUGACCUCACGGGAUCAAAUGCCAGUGAGUGCUUUAUCCAGAUAUGACAGCGCAACAGAUGAGCUAACCUGUACGAUUAGCAUUGAGUGGACACUGGCUCCAUGGCAGUGGGUUUUGAAAGGAGUUGAAGAAAUACCAGAAGACCCAGGCUAAGAUGGUGUUGUAGAAAUUGCACACCAGGAAGGAUACAACCAUAGAGCCAAUACCUAAAUGAAGAAAAUACAAGAACGAGUUAAAAUGUCUUUCAGUUUGCAGAAAUGUCCCUGAUCACCCACCAACUCCACCCAGAUAGGGUGAUAUGGUCUUCCACACGCCAAUGCUUCCCUUGCGGAGCCUCUGUCCAAUUGCCAUCUCCAGGUAGAGUAGGGGCAGACCCUCAAAUGCCAACGCUAACAAGUAAGGGAUGAGGAAAGCUCCUAAGGAUGUAAAAAUUUGUGCUCAUGAAAUCUGCUGGGCCGAGAACGGAAAGUGGUAUUUGGUAUCAGGACGAAUUGAUUUUGCCACGUGGCAAAAUGGAUUUUGGUAUGUGGCAUUUUUAUUUAUUUAUUUAUUUUUUUAGGAUGUGGCAAAAUGGAGUUUGGCAAGUGGCUUUUUAGUUUUUUUGCGAUGUAGCAAAAUGGAUUUUGGGACUUUUUUUUUUUUUUUUUUGCCAUGUGGCAUUUUUUUGGUAUGUGGCCAAAUGGAUUUUAGCAUGUGGCAUUUUUUUGCCAUGUGGCAUUUUUUUGCCAUGUGGCAAAAUGGAUAUUGGCAUGUGGAUUUUUUAAAAAUUAAUUAAUUAAUUAAUGUAUUUAUUUAUUUAUUUUUUGCCAUGUGGCAAAAUAAAUUUUGGCAUGUGGCAUUUUUUUUUUUUUUUGCCAUGUAGCAAAAUUGUUUUUGGCAUGUGGCAUUUAUUUUGGCAGGUGGCAUUUUUUUGCUAUGUGGCUAAAUGGAUUUUGGCAUGUGGCACUUUUUUGCCAUAUGGCAUUUUUUUGGAAUGUGGCAAAAUGGAUUUUGGCAUAUGGCUUUUUUUUGCCAUGUGGCAUUUUUUUUGGAAUGUGGCAAAAUGGAUUUUGGCAUGUGGCAUUUUUUUUUUUUGCCAUGUAGCAAAAUGGAUUUUGGGAUGUGGCAUUUUUUGCCAUGUAGCAAAAUGGAUCUUGGCAUGUGGCAUCUAUUUUGCUAGGUGGCAUUUUUUUUGGUAUGUGGCAGAAUGGAUUUUGGCAUGUGGCUUUUUUGCCAUGUGGCAAAAUUAAUUUUGGCAUGUGGCAUUUUUUGGUAUGUGGCCAAAUGGAUUUUGGCAUGUGACUUUUUUUUUUGCCAUGUGGCAUUUUUUUUGGUAUGUGACAAAAUUGAUUUUGACAUGUGGAUUUUUUUUGUUGCCAUGUGGCAUUUUUUUUGGGGUACGUGUCAAAAUUAAUUUUGGCAUGUGGCAUUUUUUUCUGCCAUGUUGCAGUUUUUUUGCCAUAUCGCAAAAUGGUUUUUGGCAUGUAGCAUUUAUUUUGCCAGGUGGCAUUUUUUUCUUUUGAUAUGUGGCAAAAUGGAUUGUCGCAUGUGACAAAAUGGAUUUUGGCAUGUGGCAUUUUUUUGCCAUGUGGCAUUUUUUUAGGAAUGUGGCAAAAUGGAUUUUGGCAUAUGGCUUUUUUUUUGCCCGGUGGCAUUUUUUUGGGAAUUUGGCUAAAUGUAUUUUGGCACGUGGCAUUGUUUUUGCCAUGUAACAAAAUUGAUUUUGGCAUAUGGUAUUUAUUUUGCUAGGUGGCAUUUGUUUUUUUGGUAUGUGGCAAAAUGGAUUUUGGCAUGUGGCUUUUUUUGCCAUGUGGCAUUUAUUUUGCUAGGUAACAUUUUUUUGCCAUGUGGCAAAAUGGAUUUUGGCAUGUGGCAUUUUUUUGCCAUGUGCCAUUUUUUUUUUUGGUUAUGUGGCAAAAUGGAUUUUGGCAUGUGGCAUUUUUUUUUUUGCCAUGUGGCAAAAUGUUAUUUGGCAUGUCACUUUUUUUUGCCGUGUGAAAUUUUUUUGCCAUGUGGAAAAAUGAAUUUUGGCAUGUGGCAUUUCAAUUUUGCCACGUACCAAAUACCAUUUUUCGUUCUCGCUGUCUCUCCAUGAAAGAUUAGCAGAAAACACAUCUUAAUUUAUUGGUCAUAUUAUUUUCUCAUCUAUCGGCUCUAAUGACUUUUUAAGGAUGAUUAAGCGUUGGUUAAAUUGAAGCUUGGCAACACCUUUUGUGUGAGUAAAUAUGUGACGUUAAUAAAGCUGAUAACCCUGCUGCACAUUAGUGUGGGUCAAUGUUUGUUUAGCUUAACCUUCACUAAGAACUAUGAGGAAGUGAAUCAAUACAACGCCAGGGGCUGAACAGAUCAUUUGACAGAUCAUGGGAAAGAAGAAUAACUUAAGUAACUCACCUCCUCCAUAUGUUUGGCAAAGAAAGGGGAAACGCCAAACGUUUCCAAUCCCAACUGCAAAACCGAUGGAGGUCAGCAUGUAUUCAACUUUGUUUUUCCAUUUGACUUCCUCUUGCGCAUCUCUUGUUUUGUCCAUGUUGAACUGGCCUGAUGUUGUGGUGCAAUUGCAGAAUUAUUGUCAAUGUUCCUUAAUUGUUAGCUGAUAAAAAUCAAUAUCAAACCUGUUUGAGCUGUCAGGUGCUGUUCCGCCUGAGUGCGGCUGUCUUAAAUGCAUUGAACUUUUUAAUCCCCUGCCUUUGCCUCCUUUGGGGGCUGUCCUUCAAUGUCCUAUCAGCAGCUUCCAGUCAGGUUACUGGUUUGGAUAAGGGAAAGCAGCCUACUAUUCAUGUUUUAAUUUAACCUUUGUGUUAUCAGUAAUGACGUUUAAGAUAAGAAUUAUUUUAUCACAAGCGCAGGAGCAUACAAAGAGCAUCAAAUUGUUCAAAUACUGAAAUUCUUCAACAGCUGUGAAUGGCUUGAGAACAAAAAAAGAAAAAAUACAAGUUACCAUUAAAUGUAUGAGGUAGAAUGCAAAAGUCAAGAUUAAUGGCUUACUAGUGUAAUGCUCUCAAUUUUAUGCUUAUUUCAAAAGCCUAUUGAUAAAUACAGCACAUGAAGAUUCAUCAUUCAAAUGUAUCAUUAACGUUUUUGAUGUAUUUGCUGGAAUGUAUCAAAACUAAUAAAGAAAACAUUUUAAUUU